ACAACAACAACAACAACAAUAGCAUGACAAACAACAUAAACCAUCAUAGUAAUAACAAUAAUAAUGGAUUAUUUUCAGUACCACAAUUAACACCUGAUGGACAUCAAGAUAAUAGCUUUACAGGUAGUAGCGUACUUAGUGGCCAUAAUCCUGAGUAUAACAUGUCACCACUACAAAUCAAUAACCAUGCUGCAAAUUAUACACCUAUACAACAUCCUUUACAUAAUCAAACUAUAGACGAUUUUGGAGAUGAAGAAGAAUUUCUAACACCUCUUGUCUCUCCUGCAAUGGCGCCCACAUACAAUAAUAAUUAUCAUUUCAAUACAAGCACAGAUAAUAUAUUCUCUCCCCUUACAUCUCCUGCACUUCAUCCUUCGUCAUCUGUGAUGGAUCAACAUUUACUCCAGCAAAAGCUGGCCUUGAUUGAAAGACAGCAACAACAGUUGCGAAGCAUGCAGCAUCAAUUAAAUACCAGCAGUACAGAUUCACCCACGACUAGUCCUCUAGUGACUUACUCAACAGAAAGUCGAAAGAAAUCAUUGCAACCAAAGAUAACUGCUGUCCACAGCCCCCAGACAAAAUUAGGAUUAGUCAAAAAGAUACCAGAAAGCAGUCCUCUGGCUUUAGGACCAAGUAACAACAACAGCAUGAUGGCACCUGCCACUCCCUCUUUAUUGAUGAAGCUAGGUGCUGGUAAUAAUAACAAUAAUAGCACGCCACCUACGAGCACGUCAUCACCACUACCAAGUACUGCGGUAGAUAAUAUGCCCGUCUUACCAGCUGCUAUUCUUCAAGAUGAUAACACAGCGACAAAUAAGACCAAAGCUGUUUCAACCAAGCGCAGAAGAAUUUCACAGACCAAGUUUAGUCACUCGCCUGGACUACCACCUAGUGCAGAGUCACCUGCAGGAUUACGACCCUUGACAUCACCAAGAACACUCAAACCACUGAUAUCACCUUCACUCAAACCUAAUGGACAACGGCUGUCGACCAUUGAUGAAGAAGUGGCUAGAACACUGUUGACAACCAAAUCCAAUUACGAAAACCUUAAAGAGGGCAACGUAAAAAGCCUGGGUCUUGAUUUUUCAACCACGAUUCAAUCCGGAAUCGAACAUAGACGCUCUGCACAUAAAGCAGCUGAGCAAAAAAGAAGAGAUAUCCUCAAGCAAAGUUUUGAUUCACUCAGAACAGAGAUAACUGAGGCAAUGAUAGAAGAAGAAUUAGCAGAGGAUCAACAUAUGGAUCAAGCCGAGCUGAGGAAUAAUAAGGAAAAGGAUGUUAAACAGAUGAGUAAGAUUGUGCUACUACAACACUCGUACGAGUACAUUGUUCGACUAAAGUCAGAUAAUAAAAGAAAAGACGAAAAGAUGAAGAAUAUGAAAGAGGAGAUUAUGUCAUUACGUAAACAAUUGGGACUACCUGAAAUUACAAAGGAAGAACAAGAACAAGAAGAAAAGGAAAGACAAGAAGAGAAAGAGAAAAGACAAGAGCGAUUGAAAAGGUUACAGCAACAAACUGCGUCAAUUACACACAACAAUAAUGCAAUUAUAAACAAUGACAAGAAAUAAAGAAAAAAAAAAAG